AUGAGCCCGUGGGCUGAUUUUGACAAAACCACUGUUCUGAUGACACAAACCUCUCAAAGUGACUACGAGAACCUCCGUCGUCUGAACGUGCUAGGGAUUGCAGACAGCGGAGAAAAUUAUCAAGAGAUGGUCUAUCAAGAUUUCAAAGAGAAACGAGCAGAAGCCGCACAGAAACAACAGCUACAGACAGACGUCUGAUAAGAAACCCGCAAAAGAGUCUACACCUGAUCAAUCUCAAGAUAACUCGCAACCCGAGAACCUUCCAAAUCAACCAAAUUCUGACAAGGAAUCCCAGCCCGCAUCAAAUUCUCCACCUGCGCAAGAUACUCAACCCAACUACCAGGCGGCCAAUCAGGCACCUGGACUGACCUCUACUGCUCAGCAAGCAAAUAACGGUGAAAAUAAACCCAUAAAGGAUUAAAACCCUGAAAAAUCUGAGCAGAAUUCUCAAAAUCCUCAACAACUAAACCCCACCAACGGUCAACGACAAAACAUCGCUGCUGAGAACUUAGAUUCAAAAGACAAGCAAAAACCCAUCGAAGAAAGUGCCCCGCUAAAACCAAACUUGAAGGACGGAAAACAACAAGUGGAAGACCAACCAAAACCCGCAGCUAAUUCUAAGCCCCCUUCUGGUCUGAAGUCAAAGGGAAAAAGCCCUGUUGGCGUGCCUUCGUAUAGCUGCAAAGAUUUGGUUAAGCAAGAGUUGGAAGCCAUAAAAGAUUCACCGUCUACCAAACAGUUUAAAGCUGAUGUCUUGAAGGAGGUGCAAGUCAAAUUUAAAUCUGGCACCUUCCCUUAGAUCGACACAUCAAAGGUAUUCGUCAAGCACAAAGUAGCAAAGACGAAUAGAAAAUACAGAGUGACCAAACCGGAACACAAGAAAGCCGAAGCCAAACAUGCAAUCGCGCACUAAAAAGGGCAAAGGAAAUAUGCAACCGUGCACAAGGAAAACGAAGCCAAACAUGGAAUCGUGCACAAGAAAGGCGAAGCCAAACAUGGAAUCAUGCACAAGAAAGGCGAAGCCAAACAUGGAAUCGCGCAGGGGCAUCGCAAGCUACAUGGUAAAAAGAAGGAGGGAAAGAAAGCUGUGGAGAAAGCGAAAUUGAAUCGUAGAUAG